UCUCUCUCUCUCUCUCUCUCUCUCUCUCUCUCUCUCUCUCUCUCUCUCUCUCUCUCUUGCAUAGACAAAAAUACACACACAGUUAUACAUACAUACAAAAGAAAUUAGAAAGAAAAUGGAGACAAUGAAGAAAGCAGGGAGAGGGAAAGGCAGAACAACAUCACAGAAAGAAGAAGAAGGAACAGUGAGGAAAGGGCCAUGGACUGUGGAAGAAGAUUUGAUCCUCUUUAAUUACAUCCUUAAUCAUGGUGAAGGUCUUUGGAACGCUGUCGCCAAAGCCUCUGGUCUAAAACGAACCGGAAAAAGUUGUCGGCUCCGGUGGUUAAACUAUCUCCGGCCAGAUGUGAGGCGAGGGAACAUAACCGCUGAAGAACAGCUUUUGAUCCUUCAACUUCAUGCUAAGCUUGGAAACAGGUGGUCGAAGAUUGCGAAGCAUCUUCCAGGAAGAACGGACAACGAGAUAAAGAAUUUCUGGAGGACAAAGAUUCAGAGACACAUGAAAGCGUCGUCGUCGUCGGAAAAUAUGGAUAUUCGUCACCGUUCGGGAAAUUCACAGAGCUCGGUGAUGACAACGACGGACCAAGGCAGCUCCAGCAAAGCCUUCGAUAUGGCUGAGAGCUUAAUCUCUCCGGUGACGACGACGACGUCGUUUCAUGUCUUGGAACAGUCAAACGACGGUUACUGGAACGCCGAAGAUCUGUGGCCCGUCCAGUUGCUUACUGGUGACCACCACCAAGUGGUUUAAUAUACUAAUAAGUGAAUUAAUGAAUGAUUUUGCAUUUGCUAGUCGGAUGAUAGUCAUACUCAUACAUAUUCCCGAUCAGAUUUUUGUACGUUACCUUCUUAAAGUUGAUGUUCUAUUAUUGCUCAUAUGUUGUUUCAUUUACACAUAAUAUAAGGGAAUGUCAUGUAAUCAUUUACUCGUCACUUCAUGUAAGUUACUCCUGUUCGUUAAGAAGAAUGCUUUAGUU